AAAGAUGACCCAAACAAAGCCCUAGAAUACAAGCAUCAAUAAUUCACCAUUCUCCUUCUUCUUCUCCUCCCUCUCCUUCUAAUCCAUCAUCCUCUCUGUAUUCUGGCUGUCAUUCAACACUCUUCUUCUUCUCCAUCAAAUCCCCCUAUUUCAAUCCACAAACUUCACCCCACAAUUUCAACUAUCACAUCCCCCAAAAAAAUGUUCAAUUUCAUCCCAUGUUUCCUCUGUUUUUCCACCUUAUUCCAAAUCUCAUUCUCUGAACAACAACCACAACCCACCACUAUAUACGAAUUGCUGAGAUCAAAUGGGUUGCCAAUGGGAUUACUACCGAAAGGUGUGACCAAUUUCACCUUUGAUACUUCAGGAAGAUUUGAGGUGCAUUUGGAUCAAGCGUGUAAUGCGAAAUUUGAAGAUGAAUUGCAUUAUGAUCUGAAUGUUUCUGGGAAUUUGACGUAUGGUCAGAUCGGUGGGCUGUCUGGAAUAUCCGCACAGGAUUUGUUUUUGUGGUUUCCGGUUAAGGAAAUUCGGGUCGAUAUACCCAGUUCUGGAUUGAUUUAUUUCGAUGUUGGUGUUGUUUCCAAGCAGUUUUCCUUGUCUUCCUUUGAAACACCCAGAGAAUGUUUGGCUAAUUCCAAUCGGGUUGUUGUUCAAUCUGUCUUUAAGAAUCUAUCAAGAAAGUUUGGAACCCGAAAAAACGAUGAUCAAGAACAUCUGACCACGUUUUUAUAAAUUUGAAGUUAAAGGUGAUCGGAAGCUGCACAAUUUCUCAAUCAAAUUACGGGUAUUCCUUUUCUUGCAUCUACACUUGUUCUUUAGAAAGUCGAAAAUUUGGUGUGCUUCUUUUUCGGUUUUCUUUGUAUAGUGUAGAGGCUGCAAACAUGAUAUAUAAACAGACAUCAUGGUAGCAAGUGACAAAAAACGACCUUGUUGCCAUGACUCACUGAGAUUCAAUCCUGUGUCGCUUAGAUUCGUUAGAAAGAAAGAAAAAAAAAUACAAGGAAUGCAAGUUCUUAUACAAACGACGCCCAAAUCAAAGGUUACAAAUCAGGUGAUUACAUGUGUUUAUUUUUUAUAUUGUUAAAUUCAUUAAGGAUAUGAACAUAAAACAUCUGUUUGUUGCAGAUCAAUUCUCUUUUUGUAGAUAGAUAAUAAAUAAAUUGCAUUCUUAUGUUCUUUACCUUGUCAAUCCUUUUAUUUUUAUAUGAAUGCACGCCCAAUUUAAACGAUCA